UGCAGGCCUGGGUGCCACCAAACUGGAGCAGUCCUUACUGGGGAGCUCGAAGCAAACAUGGAUCAAGAAGCCGUGGGGAAUAUUGUCCUGUUGGCCAUCAUCACCCUCAUCAGCGUGGUCCAGAACGGGUUCUUUGCCCACAAGGUGGAGCAUGAAAGCAAGACACAGAAUGGGCGGAGCUUCCAGAGGACGGGAACACUUGCCUUUGAGCGGGUCUACACUGCCAACCAAAACUGUGUAGAUGCGUACCCCACUUUCCUGGUUGUGCUCUGGAGUGCGGGGCUCCUCUGCAGCCAAGUUCCUGCCGCCUUUGCUGGACUGAUGUACCUGUUUGUGAGGCAAAAGUACUUCGUUGGCUACCUGGGAGAGAGAACGCAGAGCACGCCAGGCUACAUAUUUGGGAAGCGAAUCAUACUGUUUCUGUUCCUCAUGUCUGUUGCUGGAAUAUUCAACUAUUACCUCAUCCUCUUUUUCGGAAGUGACUUCGAAAACUACAUAAAGACAGUAAGCACCACCAUCUCCCCUCUGCUUCUAAUCCCCUGACUCUCCGCUGAGUACGGGGUCAGCGCUCUCCUCUGAUCAAUACCUAAACUCAUCAUAACUCAACCCUUGCAAAGAUAUGGCUCCUCUUCAGACAGCUGUAAAUCUAAUGACCAUCUGGGCUCCGCAGCUUGAGUUAACCUUGCUUUCCCUGGAAGAAAAUAACUUUGUGUCCGCUCCACCCCUUGAGAAUGGCAGUGGCCCCAUAUCUCUUAUUCAGACCCAUUCUGUAUGUUUCUUGACUUCUCCCGCUUUCUGAAGAUGUUUUGUGACCACAUUAAUGUGUUCCUAAAAUAAAAUACAGAGAUAUGUUU